AUGCUCUACCCUCUCGCUCUCGUUGCCCUCGCGGGUCUUAGCUCUGCUUCGCCCACUGUCCAACCCAUCGACUUCGAUGCCGUCGUGGCUGCUGCCACUCCCACACUUGUUGGCCCUCCCGCCACUGCCACCGGUCAAACCGACGUCUACAACGCCGUAGCUGCCUCUUCGUCUGCUGCCGGUGCUGUUACUGGUGUUGCUUCUGCCAGUGCCACCGCCUCUGUCGGUGCCCGCAACCUUGAGGCUCUUGAGGCUCGCAGCCUCGAGAAGCGUACUUACUGUUUCCUCUGGUUCUGCUGGGGAGCCCCUGCCUCCACUACUUCUGCCAAGGCUGCCACUUCCACGUCUUGCACUACCUCUACCACCGCCAAGGCUGUUGUCACCACCACUUCGGCCACUCCCGUGAUUACAUCGGCCGCUUCGACCAUCACCGUCCCUUCUAGCUGCACCCCCAUCAGCUGGACCAACACCUUCGCGUUUACUACCGCGACUGGCUGUGCUGCGCCCUUCGAAGUCGGCACCUACUGCGGAUUCAUCAACCCUGAGGACCCUUGCGCCCCUCAGCCUGCCGGCAGCGGUCCUCAGGUCCAGCCUGACACCGCCAGCGCCUUCCAGGCCUACGCUCCUUUCCACUCCAUGGCCUCGAACGCUCCUACUCCCAGCGGAUACGCUCAGACCUUCAAGGACCUCGGUGCCUCUGUCAACGCCAACAGCUACCUCGGCCUGUACACUCUCACCUCCUACGACGUUGCUCAGUGCGCUGCUUACUGCGACAAGACCGACCUUUGCACUGGUAUCAACAUCUACAUUGAGCGUGACCCCUCUAUCAACCCCGACAAGUGCUCUUGCCAGAACCCUUCGUCCAUCACCAACUACAAGUGCACUCUCUGGGGAUCUGGCGUUGACAGCGCUGCCGCCACCAACACUGGUCAGACUCGUGACAGCUUCCAGGUCGUCAUUGCCGGCUCCAACGGUUACCAGAAGACCAACAACACCACUCCUGCUACUCCUUCCGGCUGGACCAACCCCCAGAGCUGCGGUGGUGUCACUCACAGCCACCCUUCCACCUGCAUUGGCCAGAAGUUCUUCCCUGGUCCCUUCGACGUCAGCGUUUGCGCCGCUUACGCUGCUUCUCAGAACACUGUCAACUACAAGUCUCUUGGUCUGUCCUCUUGGGCUGCCUGGUUGGGCUACAGCCCCCUGAAGUGCAACUUCUUCAACGCCUUCAUGAUCAAGCAGAACGGUGUUGCCAAGGGUACCUACUGCAGUCUCUUCUCCCAGCAGUACAGCCCCUCUGCUGCCUCUUACAGCCCUGGUGUGUCUGGAAGCAUCAGCUGGAGCGUUGAGAGCAGCUGGAGUUUCUGCUCUGCUUAA